CAACAAUCUUCGCUGCAAGGUCUCCGCAUCUUCCCACCAAGACCAAGCUAACUAAAUACCUUACUAGCCACACCUCCUGAGAAACUUUCUUUCAACAUUAUUUCUUCCAUUCCGGCGGAUACGAUACAACAGUGAGCUUCAUCAGUGAGCUCCGUUCGGCCAGACCACUUGUCCAUGGAUCAAGUGCUGGCUGGAGAUGUGCCCUUGGCUUAUCCCCGCGCUGAACGCCAAAAGGAAGAAAUGAAUAAAUAACUACGCCGCUAGUAUUCCUAGUAUUAUUUAUUAGCAGGGAUGGGAAUGAUGGCGCCCAACUGCCCAGACAGACAGACAGCAAUAAUAAUAAUCCCGUUCGUUCGCCGUUCGGUUGAUCCUGACUCCUGAGCGUGCGCUUGUCACUGCCUGUGGGGCUUCCGCGCGCACCGUUCAUGAAAAUUAAAGAAGAAGUUGUCGUUGUCUGGAUACUAGUUACUACCUAACUUACUACUACUACUACUGCUGACUGGUAGGUAGUCGGAGUGCCCCAGCGGCACCGGGAGGGGGGGUUGACUGGGGGGGACUUCUUCAUUUCCAACCUUAUUAUGUUCAAAGGGUGAUUGAUAUACGGAGUUAUGGCACGAUGGCUGAGUGUCAACGGCUGGUGCCCCUUAUCCAAAGCCAACCCAACCUUGAAAUACAAAUUAUAACUCCAGGCUCUCUCGCCUCUUUGCGCCAACCAGAGCUAAAAUCUCCAACAGCGGGUUCACUUUUAGGGCCAGUGAUCCUACAGGAAAUCCUCGUUUGAGCUCUAGGGAUUCUCGUUUUGAGGGAGGCAACUUUCAUUCCUCUCUCUAUCUUCUUUCUGUCAUUCUGUCAUCCUGUCAUUCUUUUUCUCUUUCUCUCUUUCUACGCUUUCUGAGGGCCUCACAGCCUUCAUCUUGCAAUUAUUUUUAUAUUCUACUUUAUUUCCCAAUGAUUUCUUAUUCAUAUAUUUCUUCGUCUCAUUCUUUGGAAGAAGCGCUGUCUGGCUUCUUAUCCACAAUUUAAUUUACACUCGCUCGCUCACUGUUGUCCUCCUAACCCUUCAACGACCAGAGAGAUAUGGUAGUCCUCCAACCACCCCGCCAAAGGGGGUUCACCUCCGGCGCUUUCUCUCUCCUUCCAACCAUCGUUCAGAACAGAUUCGAUCCCAGAUCAAGGAAACAGUCGAGGCCGGUCGGAAAAACCGCAUAUUUAGAUGGCAUCCGUGGCCUGGCUGCGCUCGGCGUGGUGGUGCUGCAUAUGGUUUUAGGGUUCUUCCCGAACUCCUCAUAUGCCUACAAUGGGUCGGAAGGCCGCGAUUCGAUCUUCCAAUUGCCCUUCUUCAGACUCCUCUAUACCGGACAGCCGACCAUCUUUUUCUUCAUAUCAGGCUACGUGCUAUCAAUUAGCACAAUCAGAAAAUGCAGAAGCCAAUCCUGGGCCCCCUUACAGCUGGACUUGAGCUCCAAGAUCUUCCGCCGUUUGUUCCGAUUAUAUAUCCCCUCCAUAAUCGCCACGUUUGUCCCCAUGUUUAUGGUGAGUUUUAAUCUUUUCCCCGCCGUCGCCAAGUUCGGCGAUGACACCAUGCCACACCGCACCUUCGACAUGGCCCCCCAGGAAUCGACUUUUCUCCGCCAGUUCUGGCUCUGGUGCAAGACCAUCCCGCCCCUCUUCUGGCCCUUUGACUGGGAAAACUUUAGCCAAAACUCCCCCUACGCCUACCAACUAUGGACUAUCCCCGUCGAAUUCCGCUGCUCAAUGGUCCUUUUCCUCGUCCACGCAGCUCUCGCGCGAUGCUCCGGCAAAACCCGUCUGACCUUCAACGGCAUCCUCUCCCUCUACUUCCUCACCUUCGAGAAAUGGGACGUCUUCCUCUUCCUCGCCGGUUCCUUCCUCGCCGAACUAGACAUCAUCAAAGAAGAGGCGGCAGAAGCCCCGCUCCCCAAGGUCGAAACCACAGACACAAAAUUCAACUCUAAAAUCGCCCGCUAUACCCCGCCGCCCUGGUUCAUGGUCAGCAUCAUGGUCCUGGCCCUCUGGGUCCUCAGCGUCCCCGCCGCCGAUAUCUGGAACGCAUGGACGUUCGCCGUGCUCGAAUGGACCUCUCCACGCACCUACACCGCCUUCUUCCGCUUCUGGGACUCCGUCGGUACCGUCAUGCUCAUUUGGGCCAUUACGGGCCUCCCGUCCGUCCAGCGGUUCUUCACCAGGCCCAUCUUUCUCUACCUCGGCAACAUCUCCUUCUCGCUCUACCUGACACACACCAUCGUGCUGAAAUUCCUCCUGUACCCGCUCAUGCCAUGGCUGUAUAUGGUUUUUGGAUACCAGACGCCGUUUCAGUACGGGUUGACAUUUGCUAUUGGAGGGACAGCGACGGUGGUGCUCUCGUUUUGGGUUGCGGAGGUGUUUCAGAGGCAUGUGGAAGAGCCGUCUGCUGUGUUUACGAAGUGGCUGGAUGUGAAAUGUUCGUCGACGUGAGUGUUGGAAGCAUGACUUUCCCUUUUCUUUUGUUCCUAACUCACUGCGUGAGCGCUUCUUGUGUCCAUAUCGAUAUGAUGAUAUAUUGAGAUUUUGGAUUAUCUCUUUUUCUUUCGAGUAUCUGUAUGAUUUCGCCCUUUCUUUCCUUUAUGUUGCUUUGCGGUUCUUGCUUUGCCUUUGCUUGGAGAGGCGCAUAACUCCAUAUUUAGAAUUCAUAUAUUUGUAUAUCUAGAGUUUUUUAUAUACCAACGCCGUGGACUUCCAUCACAUACCCACAUCAAUAUAUAUGCAUAUGUCUAUAUGAAUGUUUACAUAUAUUUUGGCACAUUUCACGUUCUAGUUUAUAUUUCCCACUCUGCACACAAAUUCUACACCGUGGGCCAUCAUCCAGCAAUUCACUUUUCCGCUCAUCUCGCUAUAUACCCUCAAACCUACCAGAACCCAAAUACUAUUAUGAGUAUACCACAAAAAAUCAU